GUGUGCUGUGAGGCGGCCGGGCCCCUCCGCGGAGGAGCCGCGUGCGGUAAGCGCGGCCCGCGGCGAGACGGCUGCAGGGGCAGCGCGUAGCUCCCGCGGCGGCGCCGCGGCCGCUCCCUCACGCGAGCGGCGAGGGUCACUGCGGGCAACCUGAGCGGCGGAAGCGCGAUGCCGAUGCUCCCCCGAUUGCCGGCUCGCGGCGUGGUAGCAGAAUUUAAUGUUUUACAAGACAGCGAUGGCUUUUUCUCUAGAAUUUGAAUAUGGAGGCCACAGGGACAGAUGAAGUAGAAAAGAUAAAAUCAAAGUUUAUGUCUGCAUGGCAUAACAUGAAAUACAGUUGGGUGUUGAAAACAAAAACUUACUUUAGUAGAAACUCUCCAGUCUUUCUGCUAGGAAAAUGUUACCACUUCAAAUCUGAUGAAUCUGGUGAGCUUUCUACAGAUGGAUCUGGGUUUGAUCAAAUCAGCACAGAGAUUUCAGGAAAUGUUGAGGAGUUUCGUAAAGAUUUUAUUUCUAGAGUGUGGCUGACUUACAGAGAAGAAUUUCCUCAGAUAAAGGGCUCUGCAUUAACAACAGACUGUGGUUGGGGUUGCACACUGAGAACUGGUCAGAUGCUAUUGGCUCAAGGUCUGGUGCUUCAUUUUCUUGGUAGAGCCUGGAUCUGGCCAGAUGCAUUGGACAUUGAAAAUUCAGACUCUGAAUCAUGGACGACCCAUACAGUGAAAAAGCUGACUGCAUCAUUUGAAGCAUCACUUACAGCAGAAAGAGAACCCAAGAUCUUGUCAAACCAUCAUAAGGGAACAUUAAAGAGAAACUGUGGUGACAGUGAAAUGAGAAAUGAAGUUUAUCAUAGAAAAAUAAUUUCUUGGUUUGGUGACUCUCCAGUGGCAGCUUUUGGCUUACAUCAGCUAAUAGAAUAUGGAAAGAAGUCUGGGAAAAUGGCUGGAGAUUGGUAUGGGCCUGCAGUUGUUGCACAUAUUUUAAGAAAAGCUGUUGAAGAAGCAAGAGACCCUGAGCUACAAGGAGUAACAGUCUAUGUUGCUCAGGAUUGUACAGUCUACAGUUCAGAUGUUAUUGACAGACAGUGUUCUUUUAUGGAUUCUGAAAAAGCAGAUACAAAAGCUGUAAUUAUAUUAGUUCCUGUGAGACUUGGUGGAGAGAGAACAAACAUGGACUAUUUAGAGUUUGUAAAGGGAAUUUUAAGCCUUGAGUAUUGUGUUGGUAUUAUCGGUGGCAAACCCAAGCAAUCAUAUUACUUUGCUGGAUUUCAAGAUGACAGUUUGAUUUACAUGGAUCCUCAUUACUGCCAAUCUUUUGUAGAUGUCAGCAUAAAGGAUUUCCCUCUUGAGUCGUUCCACUGUCCUUCUCCCAAAAAGAUGUCAUUCAAAAAAAUGGACCCAAGCUGUACAAUAGGAUUUUAUUGUAGAAGUGUGCAGGACUUUGAGAAGGCUUCAGAAGAAAUAACAAAGAUGCUGAAAUCUUCAUCGAAGGAGAAAUACCCCUUGUUUACUUUUGUAAAGGGUCAUUCUAGAGACUAUGAGUUUGCUUCCAGUCCACUCCAUGAAGAAAAUGACCUUUUCUCUGAGGAUGAAAAGAAAAGAUUAAAAAGAUACGUGUCCUCCUCCCUCCCCCCAAAAGGCAAGCUGUGCUGGAAAUGGUCUAUUUUCAUAAAGAUUAUGAUGUUUUAUAUGUUGAUAGUCUUUAAAAUGUCAUUUAUAAAUGUACUUACUAAUUAUUUUUGUUCAUCGGUAGUUGGGCGAGUUUCACGUUACAUUGUGCUAGCGAAGACGGACGGCGUUGCUUAGAGCCCCUAUGCUGAAAUGUGCCUGUGCCCUGGGCUUGUCCUCUUAAAAGCCCUGGCCAGUCCCUGAGUCCUACCUUGUGACCCUACUGCUGUUUCAGUCCAGGAUGAAUCCUGAGCAGAGGCUGCCAAGUGCAUGUUGGUUUUAUGUCAUGAACAUACAUCCACAGGUUUUGAGACCAAUUUUUUUUCUGCUUGUAAGCAAAAUUUGAGCUCUGCUUUCCUGUGGUAAGAGUAACACUCUAAUCUGGUUUGCUAUGUAGGCCCUAGUCACAGUUCACACUGUAAUUGCGGCAUACCUUUCUUCCGCUGGGCUGCUCAGGAUUAAGUUUGAUAUAUCAGCAGUAAUUGUUAGUUGCAAUACUGAUAUAAUUAUAUAGGCUGAAUUGUGAGUUAAGAUACUAUUUAGCAGUAUGAUUUUAUAAUGGUUUCUCAUUAAGCUUGCUUUGGAGCCUUAAUAUGAGGAGUGAAGAUAAAGUAUUAGCUUUCCCCGCAAUUUUUAAAGGUUAUACUAUUAAUAUUAACUGCAACCAAUCAAAAUAGAUAAAGAUGGUUAAUAGAAGGGAGCAGUGUUUGUUUUCUGUUUCAGCUAUUAAAAUGUUGAGGCUUGUCUGCUAUUAGUGCAGCUUUUAAAGCAAGCAGGGAAGUAGGUGGUAAAAAUUCUGGCGUAUGAUUUUUUUUGAUACAUGUUAUUGUACAAAUGGUUACUCGAUGUCUGUGUUCUAAAAUUGUAAACAAAUGUACAUAAAUAAUUUCAUGUUUUAACAAAGCAAAUGCAGUAUUUAAGAUUCAAUUAACACUGCUUGGAAAAUAAAAAGUGUGAAAACAUUAAAUGCAUGUGGGUUUCAUAUUAAUAUUGGUUCCUCUAAGAGCAGAUAUAAUCUUGUGUCUAAAAAAAUAUUGUAAGGUGCGAGUACUGUUUAUUUGUAAUA